CCUACAUAAAGAGUGUGGGACAGGAAAACUGGGCAUCACUGUGCAGAUUGACUAGAAAAAGACGUCGAUACAGGACGAAACAUGGUGAACUUCUUUGGAAAGAGCAUCAUCUAUCUGGCGAACCUUUGUGUUGCGGUGCAUUUUCUCAAUGGGUCAGUGGAUGGAGCUGCAUUAAAGCAUGAGGCCACUUUGGAGAUCAGUGCUGCAACCAUCAACCAUUCAAUGGCGCUGGUGCAGCGCAUGGAGGCCCUGCUGAACCACGGGAAUGGCAGCGACGUGACCUUGCAUGUUCAAACCGUGAACACGGAUGAAGUUAAAGUCAUCUUGGUCCACACGCUGGUGUUGAGUCUCCAGAGCGAUGUGUUCGAUGAGCUGCUUCAGACUCGUAACUCAAGCGUACUGGUGCUCAGAGAGACAGCAGAGUGUGCAGCUGUGUUUGAUAAGUUCAUUAGGUAUUUAUACUGUGGGGACAUCACUGUGCGUCUGAACCAGGCCAUCGCUUUACACAAGCUUGCCAGCAAGUAUCACGUAUGGGACCUGCAACAAGGCCUCACCCAAUACAUGACCCACCAUCUGUCAAGUGAUUCCCCAACAGGUCACGUGGUUGGUUGGUAUCAAUAUGCAAUGCAGAUCGGAGAUGUUGCUCUGCAAAACAGCUGUCUGCAAUAUCUGUCCUGGAAUCUUUCAUCGGUUCUUCACAGUGCCGAGUGGAGUUCUGUCGGCGAGGAACUGUUGCUCAAUUUGCUGCAGCGUUCGGACCUGGUUCUGCAGAGCGAACUGGAGCUGUACGAAGCUCUGGAAACCUGGAUCAACCAGAACCAGCCUUCAACCACAACAGCUGAGAACGCACUGAAGGCGAUACGCUAUGCCAUGAUCUCACCCCAACAUUUAUUCCACCUGCAGAAGAAGUCAUCGCUGAUGGGGAAAUAUUACGAAUCAGUUCGGGAUCUGCUCUUCCUCGCCUUCCAGUUCCACGCAUCCUCACCCGUACAACUGGCAAAGUACUUCGACGUCAACUGCAGCCUCUUCACGCCACGCAACUACCUGUCACCCGCCUGGGGUUCACCGUGGGUGAUCAACAACCCUACAAGAGACGACCGUAGUUUUAGUUUUCCGACUCAGCUUGGACCUAGCGGCCACGACGCCAACAAGCGUGUGACGUGGAACGCCCUGUUCUCCCCCCGAUGGCUUCCACUUAGCGUGAGAUCCUCGUACCCUGAGCACGGCUCCAUGCAGCCUACUCGUACAGAUGGUGGGCGUCCACGCAUCAUCAUCACACCUGCCACCUCGAGUCCAGACUUUGCCGGUGUUACCUUUCAAAAAACCGUUAUCGUAUCGACCCGGAAGCAGGGGAAGGUUGUUGUACGUCACGUCUACAACUUUCACCAGAGCACAGAGGAGGUGGGCGACUUUCUGUUAGAUGCUGACCUGCAGCGCAGGACAUCCGAGUACCUCAUAGACAGCUCGCUUUACUUGCAUAUUAUCGUCAAACCCCUCUACCACAGCCUCAUAGUAGCAAAAAAAUAAGUAUGCUUUUCAGUACUUACAAAUGAAGGUGCCAUAAUUUUAAGAUUGCAAAUUGAAAUUUGACUCAGCAUCAGGUUUUAUUGUUGAUUUUUUUCUUUAAUGUCCUUAAAUUUGGGUGAAUCUUAAAUGUUGCAUGGUAAAAUUAUUUGAAUUCACUAUUGUUUAAUUUUUUAUUUGCUCUUACACACAGUGAGAUUACUUUCAGCUGUACUAUAUAAUUGAUGCAUUUACACACAUUAUCUUUGUUUUCAAUGUAAUGGUUUAUUUAUAUGCUGUAUUGCAAUAAUUGUAACAUUUAAAUAAAAUCCUGAAUUCAAAGAUUACUGAGUGUAUUUAUAAUACAUAUAUAUAUAUAUUUAAUAUAAUAUAUAUUGGUCAAAUGGUCAAAAAAUGGUCCUUAUCUGUCUCCUCUGGGGUGGUACCCUUUCAAAAAGUACACAUUUGCACCUCAACAUUUCAAAUGACCUCACAUGUGUAUAUUGCAA